CUCUUCCCGCUGAUGAUCUGCUUCACCCAAACCGGAAAAUGAGUUCCGCUGCUGCUACAUCCACGUCAACCGCCCUUCUCUUCCUCGGCCGCCGCCGUCUCUUCUCUCCAUCCGGCCCCAAAACGAGGCCGAGCUGCGGUCUGAUCAGAACCAUCACACAUCAAGUCCGGCUUUCAAUGUCCACCUCGGCAGGGCCCAAACCGGAGAAGCCGAAUCCGCAGCCUUGGAUCAUCGUCGGCCUCGGAAACCCCGGAAAACGGUUCAACGGAACCCGCCACAAUGUUGGCUUUGAGAUGGUUGAUGCUAUAGCUGAAGCAGAAGGGAUAUCAAUGGGAAGUGUUUCCUUCAAAGCCCUGUUUGGAAAAGGCUUCAUCGGAGAGGUUCCUGUUAUACUCGCUAAGCCUCAGACUUUUAUGAAUUUGAGCGGUGAGUCUGUUGGAGCAAUUGUUUCAUAUUACAAGAUUCCACUGAAGCAAGUUCUUGUGAUUUUUGAUGACAUGGAUUUGCCUUUUGCAAAGUUGAGGUUAUUGCCUAAAGGUGGACAUGGAGGACACAAUGGGAUGAAGAGUGUUAUUGAUCGCCUUAAAGGUAGCCGUGACUUCCCUCGUCUGAGAAUAGGAAUCGGAAGGCCUCCCAGGCGAAUGGAUCCUGCAAGUUAUGUUCUUCGGCCAUUUAAUAGAGAAGAACGUGCUGAGCUUGAUUAUACAUUGCAAAAUGGGUUGGAGGCGGUGAGAAUUUUAUUGCUCGGAGACUUCAACCGAAGUGCAACCUUUGUUAACAGUGCCAAACCUCUGCAACAAUUUAGUUAAAGGCGCUGUUUGGCUAUUGUCUUUUCUCCCAUAAAACGUGUGCCUUUAACUUACAUUGUUUACAGGGGUUAAAGGCGCGCGUUUUGAGCAGGUGGUAUGAUCAGCACCCAAAGUGUUAUAUGGAGCAGAAAGCUAACAAGGGUCAUCAUGUAAAAUGGAUAGGCUAGGAAAAGAGGUCUUCAUUCAAAUAGUCCAAUUUAUUUAUGAUUAGAAUUAUUAUUUACGAGUAUACACUUCUACAACUGCUAGUUUUUUGCUACUUAAUUUUUGAAUCUCUUUCAAUUAGUUUUCGUUUUUUUUAAAUAUUGUUCGAGCUUUACAUUUAGUGCCCCCGGUGAGAUAUACGGGCAGCACAAAGUACUCCGUAUGUAUUAUCAAGCAUUAAUUAAUUAAUGUCCCUUCAAGAAAAGUUGUUUGGUACG